AACGGCGACUGCUCUCUUGAGCCCGAAGGAGAACCUUCCGCUGCCUAUGGGCGAGCUCGUUGCCAUUGUGGAGCGCCUUCAAUCGGCGUUCACAGCCUUAAUGGAUUUCCGCUUGCAGGAUCUUUUGGACGCAGGAGCGCAGAAAGAAGCUAAUCGUCUCGUCGAAGAAGCGACUGAGCGAGUCUUCGCGAAGAUGGAUGAAGAAGAAAAAUUACAACAAGAACUACGAGAAAGACAAGUAGUCGCGGCAGCGUCUGGUACUUCUGGCGGAACGCCAAAGAAGUCAGCAGUCGGUGGGGAUCAACAGAAUGAUCAUGGGGAAGAUGAAGACGAGGAGGAAGAUGAGAUUGGAAAAAUCAAGUACAGCGAAAAGAAAGCCCUUCAAUGUCCUGAGCGCGAAAAGUUUUUGCUUGGCCGACUACAAACCAAUCCGGCUGAGAAUGAGGAGUUGUCAGUGUAUCUGCACACGGUGAUGACGAAUUUCGAGACCGUGUGUGCCUCGUUUGAAGCAUUACAAGACUUACUCGAUAAUUGGCGUCUCGAAAUUCUACCGCAAGUCGUCGCUCGCGAUCGAUUCACCGCGAUGUGUAAAGCGAAACGCGCAAUGCAAGGCAAACAACGGCGCAACGCGACCUACCGGGUGCAGUCUGCCACAUCGGCCGUGAUCGGCAACAUGAUGACCAGUGACGCCGAAAUGCUGCGCUGGAGCGAACGGCACGACAAAACCGCUCAGAAUGCUCACGGACUUACAUCACAGACGACUUCAAAAGCUACUACAGCGACCAACAAAAUGACGAAGGAUAUCUUUGCAGCUGAGGCAGCACUGGACGCGGAAGAAAAAGCGACUCAGAGUGAGAUGGGAAAGCAGAAGACAUCAACAACUGGUGCAGAACAACAACUCCAGGAAGCAUCAAUGUCGAGUGUCCAUGUUGGAACCGAACGCAUGCACUUGACCGACAGCGAGCGAAAGGCUCGGCGCGCGUUUGGCAUCCUACCCUCGUUCGAUAGCAUCGUAAACGCUGGAAAUGCUAUGGACAUGCAGACUCCAUCGCCACAACGACCGAGACCGUCUGAGGACAAAAAUCAAGAGGACUUGCUCAGCAAAACCCACGACGACGAAGUAGUCGAAGGCCAGCAUUCGGUAUUUGCCGACAUCAAGACAAAAGCACAACGACGUCGCGGUGACCAUCAAGGACUAACCAAUAUCGACGAGGGGAAAGAUGAGCAAAAUCGAGAACGUCCCACAUCUUCUAGCACAGCAUAUUACAAUCAGGCAGCUCCCGAUGUUGUUCCUCUCCAGGACGGAUCUCCUACUGCUGCAGCACGUGCACAAGCUAGUCCUUUUAUAGAUACUGCCAAGAAUGACAAUCUGGUUGAAGAUUUUGAUCUGUCCAGGUCCUUCGUCCACGUGACGGAUGUUCUGCCGAAUUUGAACUACGAGAAUGGCGGUCCCGACAAUAUUGAAGAGGAUGACCACCUGCGAAAUAUUCAUGCAAGUGGGGUGGGUGUUGCUGCGGCUCCGGUCGAAUGCAAGGUCGUGU